AUGGCGUCAACGUCGUCGGUUUCUCCUCAAGCGUCCGCUCCUCAAAGCGGUUUUGAUAAGGCCCUGGCCGCUUUCAGGAGUCGAUUGACUCCUUCUGAAACAGCACAAUUUCAAGUUGCCACACUUGAUGAUUUGAAAGUGACCAUAUUAGCCAUACAGAGAGACCAGCGAGAUCGGAAGAAGAUGAUGCACAUGGAUAGGAUCUCUUCAUUUUUGGAAGCUAUGGAGCAGUUUGGAAAAGUUGUUGAAACAUUCCUAAAUAUUUCCGAAAUGCUUGCAUUCAUAUGGGGCCCAAUAAAGCUUCUGCUUCUGACUGCUGCAACCUGGCUUGAGUCAUUUGACGCACUACUCGAUGCAUAUCAACUCAUUGCAGAGAACUUACCCACGUUCAAAAUCUACCAGAAUUUGUUCAGAGAGAGCGAUUCAAUGCAGGAACUUCUUCAAUGUAUUUGGGUCGAUAUCUUCGAUUUUCAUAUCCAGGCUUUGCGCAUUUUUGGGCAGUCCAUGAUACGACUUUUUUUUCGGUCCCUUUGGAAGGAUUUCAACGGCCGAUUUCAUCACAUUAUUAGCGAUCUUAAGCGCCAGAAAGCUCUUGUAGAAAGUUAUGCAACCCAAAUUCACAUCCAGAACUAUGAAUACGAUAGGCGAAAAACCCAAGAGGAAUUCGAACAGGCUCAGGCUCACCGUACCUCAGAAAAGAAGGCAUAUAUUAUGCAAUGGAUGAUGGCACCGAAGUCACUUUUAGAUCACGAAUUUCUCUGUUCUGUACGGAAAGAACAAUUGGACGUCACUAACCGACAAACAGCGCAUUGGAUUCUCCAGCAUAAUGAAAUCGAGGCGUGGGUAGCUCCCCAAGUACCCAAAUCUUCUAUUAUUUGGCUGAGUGGAAUUCCAGGGGCAGGUAAGAGUGUACUCACAUCUGUGAUCGUGGACGAGAUCAAAAAGAAGAAUCAUGGGCCUAUAGCGCUUUUCUAUUGCAAACAUCGAGAUCCAGAUAAGAAUACAUUCACAUCAAUCGCAAAAGGGCUCUUAAGUCAGUUAAUAAAUCAGCAAGACGAUCUUAUACCUUUCUACUACGACGAGGCAAUCAGGAGUGGGGAAAGUUCGUUACAUUCCACGAAGCUAUGCAAGAGACUCCUUCGCAACAUGCUACAGGCCGUUCCACUAGCGUUCUUGGUUAUUGACGGUAUAGAUGAAUGCGAUUCUACCGAAAGAAAAUGCACCUUGGAUUUUCUCAACAAUAUUAUCAAUAUUUGCGACAAUAAUAAGCCUGGAAAGAUACGGCUGUUCAUUUCCAGUCGUGACGAGUCGGAUAUUAGAAGAGCUCUUUUGAUGGGGACAAGGAUUGAGAUCAAUCGUGAAGACAUAAUAGAAGACCUAAAGGUGUAUAUUGGACACAGAGCUAGCGUGGUGCAGCGGAAGUUCGAGCUGGAUGCAGAAGAACAAGGAUAUAUCCAACAUAAUGUCUUAGAUAAGUCUGAUGGAAUGUUUUUAUAUGCCAAACUCGUCAUGGCUAAUCUAGAGGGCCAACCGACUCGUCAUCAUCUCCGCCAAGAGUUCGACAGUCUUCCAAGUGGUCUUGAGGAAGCUUACGAUCGAAAUCUACGCAGAAUUACGUCGAAUCCGAACAGAAAUCAAGCAGAAGUUGCCCGUAGGAUUCUUCUUCUAAUGGUUUGUGCGAGGAGACCUUUGCGAUGGCGAGAAGUUCAAGCAGCCAUUUCAAUCAGCCUAGACGAACAAGCCCUUGACAGCACGCGGCGACUAUCUCAAGGUUCUGACGUGACGGAAAUAUGUGGCUCAUUGAUUGAAGUCCUUCCCGGUGACUGUGUGGACUUUAUUCAUACCACUGCAUCCCUGUAA